CCCACACCGGCGAGGGGUGACUUUGAGCGCACCAGCGCCACCGCUGCCGCGGUAGGUGUCGUGUGGUUGGCGGAGUAGGCGGCCAUGGGGAGCCUCCGCGGCCUGCGCCUGGCAGCUGGGAAUUUUUUUAGGUUAUAUGAAAAAGAUGCUGCCUCAUCUCUAAGGUUUACCAGAAACUCUGAUUUGAAGCGAGUAAAUGGAUUUUGCACUAAACCACAGGAAACUCCCAAAGCGCCAUCCUACACUUCCAGCCACAGAGUGCCAUUACACAAACCAACAGAUUGGGAGAGAAAGAUCCUGAUAUGGUCAGGUCGCUUCAAAAAGGAAGAGGAAAUCCCAGAGACUAUCUCGUUUGAGAUGCUUGAUGCUGCAAAGAACAAGAUUCGGGUAAAGGUUAGCUAUAUAAUGAUCGCCUUGACAGUGGCAGGAUGCAUCCUGAUGAUUAUCGAGGGCAAGAAGGCUGCCAAAAGAAAUGAGUCUUUAACAAGCUUGAACUUAGAAAAAAAAGCUCGUCUCAGAGAGGAAGCAGCCAUGAAGGCUAAAACAGAGUAGCAGAGAAGCAUCCGUCCUGGCUGGAUUUUGAAAAUCCAGGAAUAAUGUUGCAGCAAGCCUGUAUUUUAAAGGAUAUGGUGAGGCUCCACAUCAUCACUAUAUGUUUUGCACAGACUUAUACUCUUUCCCUAUUUUCUGCUAUAGAUAUACAAAUAAAUUUUCUUAAAGACUUGUUUUAUGUUUUAUGGCUUUAAUCCAAGUAAAAUGCAGUCUCCCAGCUUUUUGGAAAAAAWUUUAAAAUGAGACAACUUACUUCAGCCUUAAUAUUAACUGUUAGAAUCAGAUAUCUGAUUUAUUACUUUUGUUCCCAUUACUAAAGUGACUUCUCUCCAGCGGCCAGAAUGGCUUCUCAUUCUGUAUUUCUCCCUCUGGUACUUAUUUCUUAAGGGUAAGGAGGAUCAGAUGACAUUGCCCAGGUGAUUACAAUGCUAUGGUACUUUGGGGAGGCUGACUCCUGAGAAAGCCCUGAGAAGCAGCCAGACCWCACUGUAACUUUGGGAUCUCAAAGAUGGAGUUUCUUUGGAGAACAUUAUUUGAAAAUGUCCUGGCAAGGUGAUGAGAGUGGUCUGGCCAGGAGUUUGGGGGACUUAGAAAUUCUAGCAUCAUGGAUUUGCUGGGGGCCACAGCAGUCAGUUCCUAGCUCCAUGGAUAAUGGUUCCCAAUUGAUUCCUUUCCUGCUGCCUGAGAAACUAAAUUCCUUAUGAAAAUCUCAUGUUCUUUUUAGUGUGAAAAAUGAGCCUACAUCUCAUUUAGUUUUGACUUUGGGAUGCCAAGUUGUCUCACUUAUAUAUGGAUGAUGGUUUCUAUGAUAACCACUUCAUUUAUUCUCAAUAUGCCUCAUUAGUAUUAAUGGAUGUCAAGUCAUUAUAGUCAGCCCAAUGUGCUAGUUCUCCUCA